AUGUCUUACUCUAUCGGUCCACCUAAAAGGUCAGAACUUCCAUCCAACGCUCUGCGCCCCGACGAUGAAGAUGUCAUACAACCAUACUUCGACAAGGAGCACAAGAAUCCACUAGCUCUCAUCCUAUCAACCCUAUUCGGCCUUAUUUCCCUCGACGAGAGACCAGUUGGCAUACUAUACGAUCCGUACCUAUCCCUCCAACCCAAACCGGCGGCUGCCGCCAUGCCCGCAACGCUGAUGACCGAGCCGGCGCCGAUGGACAUAGGCAUCAACGUCGCCCUAAACAAAUACUGCGGUAUCGAAUCCGCCGCCUUUGCCCUCGCCGUAAUCCACCCAGAUGGCCAGAUCUCUACCUUCGUUUCCGACGACAUGAAGACGGACCCCAAAUCCCUCUUCACGCCUGAAUUUCAGAAUGAGCUCCUCAUGGGUUCCGGCCGCCAGCCAUUGCGUCACAAUAUGCUCAAUUGCGAAUUCAGUGCAGAGGGGACGGAGAUGCAAAGCCAGACCUGCAACAACGCCCGCUGCCGCGGCCAAAUCAACGCAUCGGUUCGGAAUCGUCUCUCUGCCCCCUCCAACAGUGCCAACAAUGACGACUACUCCACCGACUCGUCUAGGAGCCCAGGGGGUCGCAAGCGCAUCCGCGCUGCCGUCCCUGCCACCCAUACCCUUCCCACCCGCACAAUCUCCAUCGGCGACGACGCCGCCCGCGACGAUGUCUACCGCCAGUGCCUCAAGGAUAUACAACAGAAUGGGUGCAAGGUCCUUGGAAAGGCAUGGGUCAAGCUCCUCGAGCCAAAGAAGCAGCGUACGUACCCAUACACUAAGGGUGCGUCGAAGAGGCCUCCGUGGUGGCCCGCAAUGACGGGACCAAACAAGAUCAGGCAUAAGGAGCCAGAUCACUUGCACAAGCGCGAGCGCAUCAUCCUUCUCAUGCACAUCCUCGGCCUCGUCGUAAACCAAGAUUCUAAGAGCCAGGCCCGCCUACGCGGUGUCACCGUCGCAAAGCUUGAGGAAGUCACCCGCGAAGCCAUGGCCACCUGGUUCGCCGACCGCGAAAAGCCUAAGAACGCCGAGAAGCGCCCCUUCCUCACCCAGCUCUUCCAAGUCCUCUACAGCGAAGAGCGCUAUCGCCGCGGCGAGCUCGACGGCUCCACAACCGUGUGCGUCAACGACGGCGCCGGAGUACCAGACGAGGAGGAGGACGACGACGCCGAUUAUGAGGAUGAGGGUUCCGACAUCUCGCCACAGCUCUACCAAGCACAACCCAUCCUCCCUACCCCUCUAUCCUCGCUCUCCCCAUUGCAUACAAUCACAAGCACCACCACUGCCAGAGAGGACUACCAACACACCACCUAUCCUGCUUGCGCCUGGACCACACAGGAAAUGAACACCUAUAACAGCUCCGCCUGGCCCGCAUUACCAGCGGCGCCAUCAGGACCAAUGCAGCAGCAAUGGCAUGGCUCAGUGUUUGAUGGAGUCCCGAAGACGGGUUUUGGGGGCGCGGGUGGUGAUGGAUGGAGUCUGACAAUUACUCCCCCCACAGGCGAAAAAGCAAAGCGCGACGCAGAAAACCAGCUCCACGCAGGCAACUCCUACACUAUACCAGAUAGACACAUUGCUGACAAUAGUUUCAGCAGAAAGAGGCCAAAACCUAUGGGAAACCGCCUCUGCCGCAAGCGCAAGUUGAAAUGCACCGGUACGACCCCUUGCCACCGAUGCAUAUCCAGCAAUGAGACAUGCACCUACGAGCGCUGUAUGGGGCGACAACUGCGUCCUGGGCCGGCGCAGCAGGAGGAUGCUGUCACAUCGAUCCUUUUGUCCUCCUCGCCGCAUAACAGUUACGCCUCUGACGACUACGAGAUGGGUUGGGAGGCCCCGCUACUGCUCAGCAAACAAAGCGGAGAGUUGACAGGCGCAAUAGCGAUAUUAAGCACCGACAGCCUCUCUAGCGGCAAAGAGGUGAUCUCCUCCUUAGAACCACUCUCUGCCGCCCUUUCCCCCGCUACAAAAGAAAUGUCGACGAUGAUGCGUCCAUCGCAACAUCCGGCACAUCCAGCUCCAGCGUUAAGCCAAGAGCAACAAGCUAUGUUGAGUACAAACUGCUUCUGGUGCAUCACCUACAAGCCCAGCGGAGAGAAAUGCACCAACGGCAGCGGCUCGGGCGACCAUAGGAUGGGCUUGGAGCCACCCCCCCAUCUUGGCAAUCAAAAUGAAGAAUUGGCGGAAACGAUAUCGAGCAUCUACAGCCUCUCUGGCGACAAAGAGGCGGUUUCCUUGGAACGACACUCUACCGCCGUUUCUGCCACCGUACCAGAAACCCUAAAGUACAACACCUCCCAAACCCCUACAGUCGAAAUAAGCACGAACCUUCAUAAUUUGGUAGGGUCUUUCUGCAUCCAGGAAGGAUACGGUGAGCCCAUCACUAACGGCGACAAAUUUUCAAUACAUUAUGCCCUCUUCAAGUCCUCUGAAUUUGAAGCCUACUUUAGCACAUAUGAUAGGGGAACUUUAGAUGCUGUUGCUCAGCUGAAAUAUGAUCCCCUUCUAUGGAUGUUGGAAGAUGUGCUUGGGAAAAAGCUAGGAGACAAAUAUUUGUAUGAGACGCAUAGCGGCAUCAAGUGUUUGGUUGAGAUUGUCAGAGUUAAUGGUAUAUGGAUGAAUUGGCAGGCUGAGGAGGCGCAAGCACAGGACAGCAAGAGUUUCACACCCAACGAGGCCUUGCCAGACAAAUGGGACAGCCACUCAAUGCGCUCCUUGUCUUGCGCGGACGGCGAAAGCAAAUCAGAAGGCGAGGAUAGUAGAAGCGGAUCUGGAGGCGGCGUAGGUGCUGGCGGUGCAGGCGCAAGUACAGCAUAA